UUCUGUUAAAUACCGGCAAAGCUAGAUUUGGGAAGAUUGUUUAUUAUUCGUUUAUUAUUUUUUAUAAAUGGCAACUUAUCCCUCUUCAAAGUUUAUGGAGUGCCUGCAGUAUGCUGCUUUUAAACAUCGCGAGCAACGACGCAAGGACCCCAAGGAAACACCUUAUGUGAAUCAUGUGAUUAAUGUCAGCACUAUUCUUUCUGUGGAAGGAUGCAUCACUGAUGAGGCGGUUCUGAUGGCUGCUCUUCUUCACGAUGUGGUCGAGGAUACGGAUGCCACGUUUGCGGAUGUUGAAAAACUAUUUGGAGCUGAUGUUUGCGGAUUAGUACGGGAAGUAACCGACGACAAGUCCCUGGAGAAACAGGAGAGAAAACGUCUACAAAUAGAAAAUGCAGCUAAAUCAACCUGUAGGGCCAAGCUUAUAAAACUGGCCGACAAGCUGGAUAAUCUAAGAGACCUUCAAGUCAAUACGCCUACAGGAUGGACAGAAGAACGUCGGGAACAGUACUUUAUAUGGGCCAAAAAAGUUGUGGACAAUCUGCGGGGAACCAAUGCCAAUCUGGAACUUAAGCUGGAUGAAAUCUUCCGCCAGCGCGGGCUCUUGUGA